AUGGUUGACAAAAGUGAAAUAAUAAAAAAUAUAGAUAUAAUCAAUAAUUUGAUAAUUAAUAAAAUCUCAAAAACCAAUGAAAAUGAAAAUUUUGAAGAAUACUUCAAAAAUUUAAAUAAUAUUCAAUUAAAUGAAUACUCUGGUUUAUAUUUAUGGGUAUCAUUAAGAGAUCAAUCAAUUAAAAAUAAUUUAGAAUAUCAUAAAGUCAUUGAAAAGUUUAAAACAAUUUUAAACAAUAGAGAGAAGAAUAACGACACUGAUGAAAACAAUAAUAAUAAUAAUAAUAAUAAAAACAUAAAAACUUUAUUAUCAUUAUAUAACAAUUCAAUUGUUUCAAAUACAUUCUUACAAAAAGAUAUAAAACCAAUUCAAAAGUAUUAUUUAUCAAAUUAUCAAGUUACCCCAAAUGAUUGUUCAACAACAACAACAACAACAAUAAAUUCAAAAAUAACAUCAACACCAACACAAUUAAUUAAAGUUUAUAGUGAAUAUAAAAAAGAAUCAAUGGUAUUAAGGGAUACUUUUGCAGAUAAAUCAAUUUUUAAAAGAGAAGAAAUUACAAAUGAUGAAAUGACACAUCCAUUUAUAAAAUUUAAUGAUUAUAUUAUUGAGCUUGAUAAGAAUAAAAAUGAAGAUAAAGCAAUUGAAGAAUUAGGUAUUAAUCCAAUUGGUGAUUGGUCAAUUAAUAAUUCUUUUGAAUUAUUUAAAGAUUGUUUUAAUAUAUUUACAAAAGGUGUUUUAAAUGGUAUUGAAUGGUCAAAUGAAAAUAGAGAUAAUACUAAAGUUAUUGUAUCAGGUGGUUCGGUUUCAUCAUGUUUAAGUACAUUACCAAAAAGAUUAUUAAAACUUUAUUAUGAAAUGAAAAUGGUAGCACGUUUAUUAAACCAAUUAAAAUUACCAUUUAAUGUGGUUCAAUCGAUUUAUGAAUAUUCUAAACCAUAUAAUCAAUUCUUUAUUGAAUUGGAGAAACAUUAUCAUUCAAUGGAAUCACCAUUUUUAAAUAGUGAUUUAGAUUUAUUCUUUAUUACACCAUCAAUAAGUGAAGGUAAAAAGAAAUUAGAAGAGGUUGCAUUAAAGAUUCAAUCAAAUUUAAUUUCAAAAUCAGAUCAUACCGAUUUAAGAUUUGUUCGUACCCAAAAUUCAAUUACCAUUGUAUCAUCAUAUCCAUAUAGACCAAUUCAAUUAAUGAUUUUCUUUAUUCGUUCAAUUGAAGAUUUAAUUUCAUUCUAUGAUUUAGAUUGUGUUACUACAGCGUACAAUGGUGAAAAUGUUUUCCUAUUACCACGUACAAUCAAUGCUUUCAAUAAAAGAUUAAAUAUGGUACCGCCUGCAUUAUUUAAUCCUGACAAUGAUAGAUUAUACAAAUAUCUUUAUCGUGGCUUUAAUGCAAUGUGUUUUGAAAAUUGUAUUCAUGAAACAAGAUGUGAUAAGAAAAGUACACUUUAUGAUUUAGUUUUAAAUCCAGAUUCAAUCUCCAAAGAUACUCAUGGUCGUCCUGAAUUUGUAGUGUCAAGUUAUAAUCAAGAUAGUGCAAGUUUCUUUAAUUUCCCAUAUGGUCCUGAGAAAUCAUUUGAAGAUGUUUUAAAAGAAUUGGAUAAAAAAAAUUAUUUAAAUUCAAUUAAUUUCAAUGAUCAAUUAUUUGAUAAUCUCCAAUAUUCAACUCACCCAUGUGAUUGGAGAUUUAAAUUCAUAAAGAUAAAGAAUUUAUCUUCAAAUGUUACUUUCAAAUGUUAUAUGUGUAAGAAAAAUUUAGAUGAUACAACCUCAAGAUUAUGUUCAUUUUGUUGUUAUAUAAAUGAAACUUUAUUUGAAGAUUUAUCUUAUGAAAUAAGUCGUGCUCGAUUGAUUAUGAAUGAAAAAUAUGCAAUUGUAACUGGUGGACGUAUUAAAAUUGGUUUAAAAAUAGCAAUUAGUUUAUUAGAUUUAGGUUUCAAUGUAAUUAUUACAACUCGUUUCCCACAAUGUGCAAUGGAGAAAUUUAAAGAAUUGCUUUUACCUAAAUAUUUAGAAAGAUUAAGAAUUUAUGGUGUUGACUUUAGAAAUGUUCAAGCUGUUCAAUCAUUCAUUGAUACAAUUAAAUCUACAAUACCAAGAAUUGAUAUUUUAAUUAAUAAUGCUGCUCAAACUAUUCGUAGACCAAGGGCCUAUUAUUAUGAUUUAAUUCAAAAAGAAAAACAAUUAUUAUUAAAUAAUAAUAAAAUUAAUGCUAUAUCACCUAAUGAAUCCAAACAACAACAACAACAACAACAACAAAAACUACAACAACAACAACUACAAAAUGGUGUUUUAACUUUAACUUGUAAAAAGGAUGGUGAAUUAUCAACAAUUUCAUCAAUUGAAAUAGUUGAAAAAGUUUUAAUAGAUUGUGAUAAAGAUGAAAGUAAUUUUGAAAUUUUCCCACCAGGUCAAGUUGAUGAACAUGGUGAACAAUUAGAUCUUCGUGAAAAGACAAGUUGGGUCCAAAGUGUUGAAGAAAUUUCAGUUGUUGAAGUAGCUGAAGUCUCUUUGGUAAAUUCAACCAUACCAUUCAUGUUGGUAUCACAAUUAUCUUCAAUGAUGGGAGCAAAUUGUCAACCAAAUAAUUUUAACAAAAAUGAAAUUGGAUAUGAAAAAUCAUUAAAACAUAUUAAAAGAAAUGAUUGGUCUUAUAUUGUUAAUGUUACCUCACCAGAAGGAGAGUUUAAAAAUGAAAUUAACUCUUUGACAGGUUUACAUGUCCACACAAAUAUGGCAAAAUCAAGUUUAAAUAUGAUGACAAAAACCAUUGCUUACACUCAUGAAAUUAAGAAUAUCUAUGUUUGUGGUGCUGAUACUGGUUGGAUUUCAGAUAUGCAACCAAAAAGAAAUGAUCUUGGUUUACCAUCAAGAGAUCCUCCCCUCAGUGAAGAGGAUGGUGCAAAUCGUGUUUUGUACCCAAUCUUUCAUCACAUGGUUGAAGAUAAUAGACAUCCAUCUGGAGUUAAUUUCGUUAAUUUUAAACCAGUUGAGUGGUAA